UUAUUAUUCCAUCUACACUUUGACCCAAAACUCCAGAACAACCCUGACUUUUGCCCUCACCCAAGACCACCGACAUUCCGGCGGCUUUUUCCGGCUACCCGGCACUGUUCUUCCUUCUUUCCCAAUCGUUUAGUUCUGCCUUGAAAUCCUAACUUGCAAACGAGACUUUGAUCCAUAAGCCCCAACUCUGAGACAUUCAUUCACAGUUUUUGUUAAAUCACUAUGUCUGCGAAUUCACUGAACGACGUCGCUUUGUGUUCCUCUGAGAUGGAGAAGUUCCUGUGCGAGUUGCUAUUAGACUCCAACCAACCCAUCUCUGAGCGUUUCAGAGCCCUCUUUUCUCUUCGAAACCUCAAAGGUUCCGCCCCUCGCGCCGCUCUUGUUCUCGCAACCAGAGAUUCAUCUAAUUUGUUGGCACACGAAGCUGCAUUUGCAUUAGGUCAAAUGCAAGAAUUGGAAGCCAUCCCUGCAUUGACCUCUGUUCUUAAUGAUCUUUCUUUGCAUCCCAUUGUUCGCCAUGAGGCAGCUGAAGCACUUGGUGCUAUUGGUUCAGAGAGUAACGUUUCUCUGUUGAAGCAUAGCUUGGAUUCUGAUCCGGCUCAAGAGGUUCGAGAAACAUGUGAAUUGGCUCUUCAACGUAUUCUGAAUUUAAAAAAUGCUGAUGAUAUUACUGGUGAUUUGACUGCACCCGGUAUAUCUCCCUUUAAGUCUGUUGAUCCUGCAGCGCCGGCCACAUCUUGUUCUUCAGUUAAUCAACUAAGGGAGUUACUUCUCGAUGAGGAAAAAGGGAUGUAUGAACGCUAUGCGGCUCUGUUUGCACUUCGAAAUGAUGGUGGAAAUGAUGCUGUUGCUGCUAUUAUUGAUUCCUUGGGUUCAAAGAGUGCUUUACUGAAACACGAGGUUGCUUAUGUUUUGGGCCAAUUGCAAGACAAAGCUGCUUCAGCUGCUCUAUCCAAUAUACUUAGAGAUGUGAAUGAGCACCCAAUGGUUAGACACGAGGCUGCUGAAGCUCUUGGCUCAAUUGCAGAUGAACAAAGUGUAGCCCUUCUUGAGAAGUUUACGGCAGACCCAGAGCCUCUCGUCGCACAAAGUUGUCAAGUUGCUCUAAGCAUGCUAGAAUUUGAACAAUCAGGGAAAUCGUUUGAGUUCCUGUUCAUGCGCAAUCCAAUUGUACAUUAAAUCUUUUCUUGUGGGGAUGUAUUUCGAUUAUGUUUAGACAUAAAGAAUCUGCAUGAGAUUGGAGGGACAAGGACAAAACUGACAUAGACACAGAGAAACUGGUGGAUUUAUACUAUUCU